AUGGGGAGCGGACAAGUUUCAGGAAUCGGACUAGGAACUAUGCAGAUGCAUGCACCCCUGCCACCACCACCACCACCACCGCCAUUUCUGGCAGUACUGAACUACGCGAAUACGCCUAAAACAUUGAUGUCUUCCCAACCAGCACUACAAAUGGCAACACAAAGCUCUUUGAACGGACCAUCUGCGCCAAUUUGUAGUCGAUGUUCAGAGCAGGUGCAUGAGAAAACCCUUCUCCUAGUAUUGGAUCAGUACUGGCAUGCCAAGUGCCUCUACUGUUCCGAUUGUGGCGUCUCCCUCGUGAAUAAGUGCUUCUAUCGAGACGGUGAAGUCUAUUGUCGUGAGGACUUUUUCAGACGCUUCGGAACAAAGUGUGCGAGCUGUGAAGAGGGCAUUCCGCCGAACGAGAUGGUUCGCAAAGCCCACGACAACGUCUACCAUCUUGAAUGCUUCGUAUGUCACGUCUGUGCACGAUCUCUCAACACCGGUGAUGAGUUCUACCUUCUUGCUGAUCGUCGACUCAUGUGCAAAGCUGAUUUUACCAUGAUCAAGGCCCAGGAAGUUGAAUUGGAGAAUGUGAACAAACGCCCACGAACAACAAUAAAUGCGAAGCAGUUGGACGCUCUUAAGAAGGCCUACGCCGAGGGCGCUAAGCCCUCAAGGCACGUGCGGGAACAGUUGAGCGCCGAGACGGGUCUGGAUAUGCGAGUUGUUCAGGUGUGGUUUCAAAACAGAAGAGCCAAAGAAAAGCGCCUACGAAGAGAUGCUUCACGUCAGACACAUUGGCAGAACGAGGGAGAUGCUAAACUACCUCAAGGAGAUGACAUUGAUGAUGAUGAUGAGCUAGAUGAGGAGAACGAGGAUGAGCCUCCUCUCGCUUCCAAGACGAAGACGUUGCCGCUGCACACGCACUCACAACUCCACGAACCAUCAUCCAUCCUGGCAACCAGCAGCAGCGUUGACAGUGGAGCCGAAAGUGAAGGCGAACUCUCCAAUUCAUCUAUUUCACAUGGUCAACAAUCGGAGAUGGCUGACCUCACUGCGAUUCAGCAUUCGCAAGUACUUCGAAAUUGCAUGAUCAGUUGGAUUCCGCAUCCCACGGAGAUAGGCUAUCAGGAGACAUUUGCGAAACCUCCACUCUGUCACUUCCCACAUCCCCAUGUUUCCAAGUCACAAUGCUCCUAUCCUCGCGUCGUUAACGGGUUUAACAUUCACGGCCUGUGGGCGCAACUAUGGCCGAAUACGGAGAUGAACAAGUGCGGUGAUGGUCCAAAGUACGAUAACAAUUCCAUCAAGGAUAUUUUCUUGGAGCUACAACGGGAGUGGGUUGACGAGAAGGGCUUCCAACAUCCCUGGAAGUUUUGGAACCAUGAAUGGACAAAACACGGCAUCUGUGUCAUUCAGAAUAACAGCGUGAUUACAGACCAGCAUGACUACUUUGCUGCUAGUCUCAAGUUGAAGAAAAUGUACAACUUCACCGCGAUAUUUGAACGGAACCAUAUCACAGCCUCCAAUACAACUCUCUACGAUACAGCCUCAGUGUUGCACAUGCUAAAGCGCGAUCUCGGUGCUGACGUUUGGCUACAUUGUUCCUGGAAGCUACGCUAUUUACAAUCAUCGCUGUUGCUGCCUUCAAGCCGCUAUGCCGGGGUCAUCGUUGUUUCCGCGAGUGGCAUCCGACAAAAGUGA